AACUGUGAGGCUGUAGUGUGUCUUGUUGUGAACGCUGGAAUGAAAAAAUAUCCCUGACACAUUUACAUUAGAAGCUUUAUUAGCAGUUAGGUCCAGUCCAGCAGCUUGUGUCUCUAAUGUAACUUCUUUCUCCCUUUGCACCGCAACAGCUGUUAAUUUAAUUAUAAUGGAGACUCGCUUCACCCCUGGCAAGUCUGCUGUUUUGAAGCGGCCUCUGUGCCGACCCAAAGCUGAGGUAUCUGCGUGGAGAGCCUUGUUUGGCAAGGAGGCAGACGAGCUGGAGCGGGCCAUCGAAAAAGAGCACCUCGUCAACGUGUACAUCUCUGUUCCUAAGGAGAACAGCACCUCGAACCGUGCAGCCUUCACUGGAGUGAUCCAGAGGCCAUGCUUGCCCUCAGCAGCGUCCCCGCCAAGAAAUCACGAGUGUUUUACCGUAAGAGAUACUGCAACUGGAAAGUUACGUGUUGGGAAAGCAGGGAGUGAUGAACACGAAGGCCUGCGCUCCUCGGUGACUCAUUACGGCUCCACAGACAGCAGCGGCGAGCAUGACCAUCAAAUUAACAGUCACGGCAGCAACCAUAAUAACCAUUGGUUUCCCACUGUGACGGCAGGCCAUUGGCCCGGGGCUGAUCAGGAGGAGGAGGCCAUUCGCAGGAAGUUAAAAUACUUCUUCAUGAGCCCUUGUGAUAAAUUUCAUGCCAAAGGCCGCAAGCCUUAUAAGCUGGUCCUGCAGCUGCUCAAAAUCGUUAUUGUCACAGCUCAGUUAGUGCUAUUUGGCCUCAGUAACCAGGUGGUGGUGACCUUCAAGGAGGAGAACACGAUGACCUUCAAGCACCUCUUCCUCAAAGACUACGAUGAAUCCUCAGAUGGCUCCUUUGCUGUUUACACACAGAACGAUGUCUACGACCACAUCUUCUACGCCGUGGACCAGUAUCUGGCCUUACCAGAGACAACAGUGGGACGCUAUGCAUACGUCUAUGAUGUUGGUGUGAAUGGCAGUGCGCUCUCUCUCUGCCAACAGUACUACAAGAAGGGAAGCAUCGACCCAGCCAAUGACACCUUCAGUAUAGACCCACACGUCAUCACAGACUGUAUAGGUGUGAACCCGAUGUCGGCCCCUAAAGCAGAGCUCAUGAGUAGCUACAAGAACUUUACGCUCAAGUUCCACAAGUUUAUUAAUGUGACCAUAGAGUUCCAAUUGAAGGCGAUUAAUAUACAGACCAUCAUCAACAAUGAGAUCCCAGACUGCUACACUUUUUACAUAACGAUAGUGUUCGACAACAAGGCUCACAGCGGCAUGGUGAAGAUCCGGUUAGAAAACCAGGCGUCCAUAAAGGAGUGUAAAGACCCGAGCGUCUCUGGACAUGCUGAGAACUACACACGUGUAGCGUUUGAUGUUGCUGUGGCUCUGGUGUGCAUGCUGUCACUGCUGCUGUGUGGACGCUCCAUACUGCGAGGCAUCAUACUGCAACAGGAGUUUGUGCAGUUCUUUAGGGAAACUCUGGACCGUAAAGUCUGCUGGGCAGACCGGAUGGAGUUCAUUAACGGCUGGUAUAUCCUCCUUAUCAUCAGUGACAUCCUCACCAUCACUGGCAGCGUCAUAAAAAUCGGCAUUGAGUCUAAGAAUAUGUCCUCGUAUGACUUGUGUGGCAUCCUGUUGGGAACCUCCACGCUCUUGGUGUGGGUUGGGGUAAUCCGUUACCUCACGUUCUUCCAAAAGUACAAUAUCCUGAUCGUGACACUUCGAGCGGCGUUCCCUAAUGUGAUUCGGUUCUGCUGCUGCGUGGCCGUCAUCUAUCUGGGCUACUGCUUCUGUGGCUGGAUCGUCCUGGGACCAUACCACGUCAAGUUCCGUUCUCUGUCCAUGGUGUCCGAGUGCCUCUUCUCCCUCAUUAACGGGGAUGACAUGUUCGUGACGUUCUCGGAGAUGCAGGAGAGCAGUACUCUUGUUUGGCUGUUCAGCCAAGUUUACCUGUACACCUUCAUCUCCCUCUUCAUCUACAUGGUGCUGUCACUUUUUAUCGCUCUCAUCACGGGAGCCUACGAGACCAUCAAGCACCAAACCCAAGAAACCAUCCACAUCACAGAUCUGCACGCCUUCAUAGCAGAGUGUACGGAUGCACCGAACUCUGGGAAGUUCAGGGGUCUGGAGCCCUCGCCCUGCUCCUUCUUCUGCUGCUGUGACAGAACCACAACAUAUGAGGACGUCCUGCUGGUGAACUGAGGUUGACCUCGGUGACUCAGAAGCUCACUAUCCUCCCCUGCUGGCCACAGGGAGACACUGCACGCUGCUGACCCCAGUCUCUCUGUACUGACAUACACUGUAUCUGGGUCAACCCUCAGCGCUCAUUUGAAGGCAGAGUCACCGUCAGCUGGACCAGCACUCAGCAGAAGGAAUGUGUCUUCUUAUCGGACCUCUUAUUUUUUUCCAGUCCUUGAUUUCCACGAUGAAGACACUGUGCUGAUGCAGGACCGGACAUUUCCUCUGUAUGAAUAGGACUCGGCAGCAUCAUGAAUGACUAAUGCACAGACAUUUCUCUAUUGCUUGUUGUUGUUUUUUUUGUUGUUUUGUAACAAAACAGUAUUUGUUCUUAUGUAUUUGAUAAUGCACAACGCUCAACCUGGAAUAGGACUUAAAUGUCAGAAUAAUAAGUGGGUAUAGGUACCAUGUUGACGACUGCAGUAGUGUAUACGUGGUACUGUUUUUAUUUUUUUGUGUUUUUCCUUUUAUAGAAUUUUAAAAUAGGUUACCUCUUGAGGGCAUGGUUUUUAAAUUGAUACAAUUAAAUUGAUAGCAAUUGGCAUUUAUGCAUCUCGCAAAACAUAUACCCGACAACAGAUCAUUUUUCUUACCCAGCUAUUAGGGAUGGGUUGGGAUUUUCAAAUUUUUUAAUAGUUAUUAAAUUUUAAAGAAUUUAAUAGUUUAUGCGACUAUUAUCUUAUUUUUUCUUUUGUUUUUUCCAGCUCCUGGUAGCAGCACCACACUAUCAGGCGUCUGUAAAAUGUGUGUGGGACACGUUCACUUUAGCUGCAAGAUGGGCUAGAUGCUCAGGUUGCAGCCUAAUGGUGUUACAGCCGUUUGUGAUCGCUGUUGAAUUUGGCCGUGAGAAAGAAGCCCUGUUUGAUCGUCAGUGCUGCUCUAAAAAUGUCAAGGAUUUUGACAAACUGCAUGACUUGGUACUGCUGGAAGAAUUUGGAAAUUGUUUGCCAGAUAGAAUUACUACUUACAUCAACGAGUAGAAAGUAUCCAAGGCAUCUUGACGCAGCUGUCCUGGCAGAUGAGUAUGUCUGCAUACACAGGGAUACAUCUGAAAAGUUCAGAGGAAAUAAAGUUCCUGUUCACAGUGUGAACGCCACCACAAUGUCUUGCUACCAUCCUUCAUCAGCAGCAGUUAAUGUUCCUCUGUCUAGCGUUGGCUCAGCGCUAAAACAAAGUGUGGUGAUAUAUCUAGAUGUAUGUUGCCAGCUACAAGCCAAGCUAAAUUUGAAGAAUGGUCAAAUAGUUCCCAGUGACUAUUGUGUAGUAUUUUUGCUUGAAAUGCCCAUCCCUACCAGCUACUCAUUAUUUUGAAAUACCAUUAUGUUCCUUUUACUCUAAAUGUAGCCUAUUAUUUGCUACAAAAACGACAAAUACAGUAGAAUACACUGGCAAAAUACACUAGUCAUAUCAGUUCACAAUGGCACAUGUAAAUUCAUACAGAAUGAAGGAGAUCCUUCUUUAGUAGUUUAACUCUUUUUAUACAAUCAGGGAGACGGCUUCACAUGCAAAUAUUGGAAAACAGGACCACGAAGUGUGCGAAGUGUGAGGUUUCAGGUGUGGAAUUGAUUUUACUCUCCCGUGAGCUGUACCUACAGUAUAAAGUUUCAAACUCCUCCAUAGCUGUGGUCCGACUGUACAAGCAUCGAGUUGCCUUCAGAUGUGCCUCCAUACUACUACUACUAUAGUUGUUUUUAUUGCUGUAGUAGAUUGUGCGCUGUAUUGCUUUAAUCGGAGUAACAAACGGCAUUCUUCACUAAUGAAGCGCUCAACAUUGCCUGUGGUUAGCUAGAACAGGGAAAGCUGCUCUCCAGACCCAAAUGCAUGUUUCUGUAAUGAUGCCAAAGUAUGUCAAGAAACAUAGAGUUCAUCCACUGACGUUAUAAAGGAAGAGCCUAGCAUUUCUUUCUAUACAACACUGAUGGUAGUGUCUGACUUGUCAUAAGUGAAAAUUACUUGAAUUGCCUUACAAAGUGGAGCAAGGUUUGGUGUGGACAACUGGAAUAAAUAUAGAGUUAGUAGUACAAAUGGUUCAGAAUUUUCACUCCUUAAGAUCUGUAGCUGUAGCGUUUGUGAGCAAAUGAAAAAGAUUUGUACAAAAAAUUUCCAAUAUCUGAUUGCCUAAAGAAGAUUUGCAAAACGUUCACACAGAAGUCAAUUGUAUGUGUGAAUCCCAAAAUUACAGCUACGAAUCCGAUUUGCAAGUACAAAUUAUGACACAGCUUCACUUUUGACGCUAUAUUAUUCCAUGGUAUAACAAGGAGACAACUUAAUGAUGGCAGAAGUAUAUUUGUAGCUCUGUCAUAAUGUCCUGUCCUGCUGAAUCAUAUUGCUGCUGUAGUCCGUUUGUUUACUUUAUAAUGAUGUCUUGACUGGAUCUUGAUUUAAAUUUUUUUCUCUUUUGUAGCUCAUAAAAUGCACAAUAGCUAAAGGAGUCUAACAGUCUGGACUGCAGUAGGUGUUUUCAGGAAAAUAAUUUCUUAUGUGAAGGAAAGACGAUCUCUGGUCCAAGCAUGUAUCAUGGCCUUUACUUUAAAUGGUAUAACAUGCAUGUAUAUAUUGUUUAGCAUUACCAUGUAUCUUUCCUACAGUUUGAAGGUAUCGUGUCUUUUAUAAAAAUGAUCUGCACUUGGACUGUACUCGAAAAAAUGCAAACAUUAGACACAUGAGUUGUCCUGAAGUCAGAUACUUGGUGUCAUAUAAUCUAAUCACUGGUGAUCUAUGGAUCACCUUUGAUAAUAAAGUUAAUUUUGUGUCAUGAUCGAA